AUGUCGAGCACACCCGGUAAAAAGAAAUCUGAUUACAUGGGUGAUCUGACAGGCGCUGAAGUCAAGCUGCUUAUGGCCAGUAUUCUGUGCACCAACGGAAAGCUUGAUACCGAGAAACUCGGCAAGCUGACUGACAUGAAGAGAAAGUCGGCAGCCAGCCGGUUCCCAACUCUGAAACGCAAGCUUGAAAAGAUUUUCGAGGACAAGCUCGACAUGCUAGACGACCAGCCCGAGUCCCCCAUGCAGGGCAAACCUUCUCCUGCCAAGAGCCGAGCAAAGCGUCGCGAGAAAGUUGUGGAACAAGAGCCGAACCUCGAACUUGAGACCAAGACCGAGGCGAAGUCUGGAGAAAGUAUUGAGACUCCCGUCAAGCUUGAGGCCAAAUCUGAAGACGAAAUCGAGAUUCCGGAGAAGAGUGAAGCCGAUAUUGUCAUCAAGCCUGAACCUAUUGACUAA